AUGAGUGAUCCGGAGACCGUUGAAUGGUUCAAAGAGCGCAUCCAUAAUCAGAAGCACUUCACUGCUCGCCACAUUGCACACAUCUCUCAAAUAUCUGGCAUGGAGCCGGAGCUCAUCGCAAAAAUCGGAGCCGGUGUGAUUUUUGUGAUUCUUGCGCUCAGCGAGCAGGGUUUCAUAUUGUGCAAUUUCUUGCUCACCAUUGUCCCAUUUCUGCUCAUUUUUGUGUAUCCCGAUGAGAAGCCGACCGAUGAAUCGCUUUACACGUAUUACUCACUGUUUGGUCUGCUCACCGUUUUCGAUCGCGCCUUCGAAAAAAUCACGUUCUAUUAUGUCGCGAAACUUGCACUGUUUCUUUUGCUCUUUGUGCCACCGUAUAAGCUUAUCGAUAAGGUGGAUGAGGUGAUCAAAAAUCUGAUAAAUGAAGCCAAUAAGAAGUCGGAUGAGAAAAGCACGAGGAGCAGAAAGAGCAGCAAGACAUCAUUGAAAACUGCUGAGCCGGCGAAAACCGAAAAUGCUUCAAAAGAAGGCGAAGGAUCGAAGAAAAAAUCGCUAAGUUCCCAUUCGAGUACGGUCAAAGUCACCAUAACCGAAGAAUAUUAUCGCGAAGAGGAGCUUCUCUCGCCAAACGGAACCGUCAUCAGUCGCAUCGUGAAGGGACCAUACAAAAAGGAGCGCGUCGAGUCGGAAAACGCGCCGGACUCGACGCGAUCCAAUCCGACGCCGGCUACUGGUGACGAAGGCUCUCGACGUCUCAAAAUUGGACAAAAUCCAAUGGAAUCGUCAUCGGCGUUUAAUCUUCGAUCUGAGCUUGAUGGAUUCAACUCGUCACACAUAGUCGGACCGGCCAACAAUCUCAAUGAUAUGUGGUUCUUCCCAACCGAAAAACUUGUCUUCAAUGCUCCGUUCGAUUUUGACAAUCUCACGUAUCACAUGAAAAUCAUUAACAACAGCUAUCAUCGAAUUGCGUAUGCGGUGAAGGGAAACGCGGUGCCACGUGUCAUGGCGAAUCCGCCGUUCGGAGUUCUUGAGGUUAAAGAGAGUCGAUUGAUUGCUGUCACUGUUCAGAAAUUCAACUGGAAUGACACUGAUUUUGAAAAGGAUCGAUUGGCUUUUGAUUAUGUGAUUUUGCCAGACACGAACAAGGAAAAGAACUUUUCGUUCAAAAUGUUGCAGCAGAGCACAACAAAACGCAGGAAAAAUAUUCGCAUUAUGUACAAUCCUUAA